AUGUCCAACACGAAACAGCUCGGCAGCCUUGCACUAUUUGCAUCGGUCAAUACACCGAUCUACGCUUUCUUCCGCAAUCCACUAGUACACGCCUCAAACCGUUUUCGGAAUGCAAUCAUCGGAGGCGUUGUUAGUACGGGAUUAUUUCUAGGCACUGCGACGGGAUUGACGGAGGGUGGUCCUGUGGGACUUCUACUCGGAUAUAUUUUCAUGGGGACGAUGUGCUACUGCGUUUUGAUAACCGUCGGGGAAAUGAUUACUCUCCUUCCCAUUUCAGGCGGUCACGUCAGACUUGCGGAAAGAUUUGUCGAUCCAGCCUUCUCUUUUGCGAUGGGUUGGAAUUGCUGGUACUGUUGGACGUUAUCGGCCGCUGCUACUCUCGUUAAGUAUUGGAAUAUCGAAGUUAACAGUGCGGUGUGGAUCACCAUGUGUCUGGUAGUUGCUGUUGGAAUCAAUCUUUUCGGCGUUGGGACCUACGGAGAAAUGGAAUUUAUUUUCGCGUCCAUCAAAGUCGUCACGAUAACAGGGCUCCUCGUCCUUGGUAUUGUGCUUGACCUCGGAGGUGGCCCAAGUCAUGAUCAUAUUGGGUUCCGGUACUGGAAGAAUCCCGGACCGUUUGUACAGUUCGAUGGGAUAGCUGGAGCUAAAGGGCAGUUUCUAGGAUUCAUUCGUGUACUCAUCCAGGCUGCCUUUUCUUUCAUUGGAACCGAGGUUGUCACUAUAGCAGCCGCAGAAGCGAAGAACCCUCGAUACACCAUGCCACGAGCGAUACGGACAGUAUACAUCCGAAUUUUCCUAUUUUACGUCGGGAGCAUCUUCGUCAUCGGGUUGCUUGUCCCUUCCAACAACCCUCUUUUGAAUCUUAACUCUUCCGAUGCCUCGUCAUCUCCGUUUGUGAUCGCUAUCAAUCAGGCUGGGAUUAGAUAUCUGCCUUCAAUUUUGAACGCAGUUAUCCUAACUUCUGCUUGGUCCGCCUCUUCAAGCGACUUAUAUUUAUCAUCGAGGGGAUUAUAUGGCCUUGCUGCUACUGGCAAUGCUCCCAAGUUUUUCUUGCGCACGUCACGUUCAGGCCAUCCAUAUGUGGCCGUCAUUUUUUGCUCCUUGUUUUCCCUUUUGUCAUACAUGGUUGUGAACACCAGCUCCGGCAUCGUUUUUACCUGGUUUGCGGACAUGACUGCCACCGCAGGACUCUUAACGUGGUUUUGUGUUGGGGUGACCCACGUCAGGUUCCACCAGGGAUUAUUGGCGCAAGGGUAUGACAGGAAACGUUUACCAUAUGCCUCGAGACUCCAGCCAUAUGCAUCGUGGUGGGUGAUUGCUUCGUCGCUGGCAACUCUCCUGUUCAGCGGAUGGCAAGUCUUUUUGAAAGCGAAUUGGUCUCACAUGGCGUUCGUGACAGCCUAUUUGCCUAUCGUACUAUUUUCAGUAUUGUAUGCAUCUGCGAAAUUUGUGAUGCGGGUGCCCCUGGUGAAACCGAGCGAGAUGGAUUUCAAGUCCGGGACAGAGAAUUUAGAUGUCGAGGGAUCUAAAGAACCCUCGCCGAAAAAUUGGAAGGAGGCGAUUUGGAUGAACUUGGUGUGUGUUCUUUUUCCCAUCUGA